AUGGUUUGGGGGUUAACUCCAGUCUUUGUUCAUCAACGUGUUUUGCCAGUUGAAUGCUGGUAUCCUUUCGAUGAAAAGCGCAAAUACGUCUACGAAACUUUAUAUUUCAUCCAAAUUUUGGCGCAAGCUCAAAUUGGACAAGUGUACGGCAACGGAAGUGGAGUUUAUGUUGUAUUGAUAACGCUGAUAUGUGGCCAGUACGACCUCCUUUUUUGCAGCCUUAAAAAUUUGCUUUAUACCGCAGAAAUCAACAGUGGAGUCAGUGUGAAGAUAUUAAGAGGGAAACAGCAAUCUGUGGACAAGGAGAAGGAGGAGUUGAAUCAAUAUUUUGUUAGUCAAGAAGUAUUUGAAAAUCUAGAUAACAUCGUGGAACACUUAGUGAAGAAAAACUUGAAAAAUGCAACAAAAGAUGCUUUGAAUGAAUGCAUUCGUCACCACCAAGCGAUUGUUAAAGUCUGUUCUUUGUUGGAAGAGUUUUACAACCCUUUUUGCCUCUUUAAAUCACUACAAAUGACGAUUGAGCUAUGCUUCUUGGUAUUUGUAUCCGUCAAUACUACAACUUCUGUGCUAAAGAGUUUGAAUUUCGCCCAGUAUUUAUUCUUGACACUUUGCGAAUUAUUCAUCUUUACAUAUCUAGGCCAAGUUCUGAAAAUACAAAGCCUGAAAACAGCAGAUGCUCUAUUCAGAUGUGACUGGUAUUUGUUGGAUGCAGAUAUUCGUAAAAAUCUUCUAAUUUUUCUCCCGAUCGCAAUGCGUCCCGUCCAAAUGACUUCAGCCAAAUUUUCUGGAAUGGAUACCCAACGACUAAGAACAAUUCUCACCCAGGCAUUUUCGUUCUUCACCCUUUUGCAAAGUUUGACUUAAUUGGAAUUUUUGUGCAUGUAUAAUUGAAGGACGAUCUGUGUUAGCAUAUGCACCACACUUUCCUUAACUUGUUCAUAUAAAAUAUGUGUAUGUUGUCGUAUUUUAUUAAAUUUCACCUAAAGCAAAGCAAAAAAUCCUUUUUGAUUGAAAACCAGUAGGAACUGGAAAACCACUAAAUAUUA